GUACCGGUGGCCCCGCCUCCAUGCCCCGCCCUCCGGAGGCCCCGCCCCUUCCCCUCAGCCGCGGCCGCCGCCGCCGCGGGGGGAGGAUGAGGGGGCGCCGCGGCGGGGCUGGUGCCGCAGCCGCGCUCGUCUGAUCUGGCCCGGCCCGGCCCGGCCCGGCCCUCCCCUCCCCUCCCUCGGCGGUCUUCCGCGUCGCCUCGCACACCUCGCACCUCGCCGCCGGGGCGGGCCGUCGCGGCGAGUGGAUGCCCAGCGCCUGCCUGCCACCGCCGCCUGGGGCCUAGCGGGCACCGCCAGGGCAGAAACCCGCGGGCGCCAUGGGCUGCUGCAGCUCCGCCGCGCAGAGCUCCAAGCGAGAGUGGAAGCCUCUGGAGGACCACAGCUGCACAGAUGUACCAUGGCUCCUCUUAUUCAUUCUCUUCUGCAUAGGAAUGGGUUUUAUCUGUGGCUUUUCAAUAGCUACAGGAGCAGCUGCAAGACUGCUUUCAGGAUAUGACAGUUAUGGAAAUAUUUGUGGACAGAAAAAUGUCAAGGUAGAGGGAAUAGUCAACAGUGGUCUGGACCUCACACACAAGAAGUAUGUGUUCUUCUUGGAUCCAUGCAACAUUGAUCUAGUACAUCAGAGGAUCAAGUCUCUUGCUUUGUGUGUAUCAGCUUGCCCAAGGAAGGAACUAAAAACUCUGGCUGAUAUUCAGAAAUUUGCAGAAACUAAUGGAUCUGCUCUAUGUAGCUAUGAACUACAGCCAUCAGAGUACACUACAGACCCAAGGGCCACCAAGUUAUGUCCUAAAUAUCCUGUUCCAGAGAGUGCACCUAUUCCAUUCUUCCAUCGCUGUGCUCCUGUGAACAUUUCCUGCUAUGCCAAGUUUGCAGAGGCCCUGAUCACCUUUGUCAGUGACAGUAGUGUCUUACACAGGCUGAUUAGUGGAGUUAUGACCAGCAAAGAGAUUAUAAUGGGACUUUGCUUGUUAUCACUAGUGUUAUCCAUGAUUUUGAUGGUUAUAAUCAGGUACAUUUCAAGAGUACUUGUCUGGAUUUUAACAAUUCUUGUCAUUCUGGGAUCACUCGGUGGUACAGGAGUCCUGUGGUGGCUGUAUGCCAAGCAACGAAUAUCUGCCAGUGCUGCUGAGACUCAAAUAGCCAAAGACAAUCUUCAGGCCCUUCUGAUCUAUGCCAUUUCAGCUACAGUCCUCAUGGUUAUCUUGUUCUUGAUAAUGUUAGUUAUGCGCAAACGAGUAGCUCUCACCAUUGCCUUGUUCCACGUGGCCGGCAAGGUCUUCAUUCACCUGCCACUGCUAGUCUUCCAGCCAUUUUGGACAUUUUUUGUGCUUAUCCUCUUUUGGACAUACUGGAUCACAGUCCUGCUUUUCCUUGGUACUACAGGUAGUCCUGUCCCAAAUGAAGAAGGAUUUGUUGAAUUUCGGAUGGUAGGCCCUUUGAAAUAUAUGUGGUGGUACCAUGUAGUGGGCCUGGUCUGGAUCAGUGAGUUUAUCCUAGCCUGUCAGCAGAUGACAGUAGCAGGGGCUGUUGUGACAUACUAUUUUACAAGGGAGAAAAGGAAUCUGCCAUUCAUGCCUAUUCUGGCAUCUGUUAAUCGCCUUGUUUGCUACCACCUAGGAACAGUGGCAAAGGGGUCUUUCAUUAUCACGCUAGUGAAGAUACCACGAAUGAUUCUUAUGUAUAUUCAUACACAACUCAAAGGAAAAGAAAAUGCUUGUGCUCGCUGUAUGCUCAAAGCCUGCAUCUGCUGCCUUUGGUGUCUAGAAAAGUGCCUGACCUACUUGAAUCAGAAUGCAUAUACAGCCACAGCUAUCAACAGCACCAACUUCUGCACCUCAGCAAAGGAUGCCUUUGUUAUUCUAGUGGAAAACGCUUUGCGAGUGGCUGCCAUAAACACAGUUGGGGAUUUUAUGCUGUUUCUAGGAAAGGCCCUGAUUGUCUGCAGUACAGGUUUGGCUGGGAUUAUGUUACUGAAUUACCAACAAGAUUACACCAUCUGGGUGCUGCCACUCAUCAUUGUCUGCCUCUUUGCGUUCCUGGUUGCUCACUGCUUCCUUUCCAUUUAUGAAAUGGUUGUUGAUGUCCUUUUCUUAUGUUUUGCCAUCGAUACAAAAUACAAUGAUGGGAGCCCUGGGAGGGAAUUCUACAUGGAUAAAGUUCUCAUGGAGUUUGUGGAGAAUAGUAGGAAAUCUAUGAAAGAAGCGGGCCGGGGAGGUGGAGCUGAGGGCAGAGAGCUAAAACCAAUGGCCUCUGGAGCAAGUUCAUCUUGAAACUAGCCAGCCAUAUUGGAACCCAUUGACAUUCCAAAACAGUAUAUAUAUACAUAUAUACAUACAUAUAUAUAUAUAUAUAAAUAAACAGCCAAAAUCAGAGAAAAGGAACAGGGAUUUAAUACUUUUUUUAACAAUUAUUUUUGUGAAACAUGUACUCUUUUCAUACGGGUGGCUUUUACAAGCAGCUUUAUCAUUGUUCCAUUUUUUUUAAUUAUUCAUUGUGGUCAUGGAAAAGUUGAUUCUUAUCUGCUUGAUAUUUUACAGUCUGGAUGAGGUAUCAUUGUAAAGAUAAUCUGAAAUGAUGACUGGGUUUAGACAGAUUUCCCAUGACACUGCUAAUCUGCUGAGAGUCUUACUUGUUUAGUUUGCUUAAAUUUGCAUUAAAUUCAGGACAGUCACAUGUAAGGGAAAAUCUUCAAAUCAAGGAAAGUCUCAAAUUUAGUUUUUCAAAAGGUGGUUUCAGUAAGAGUUCAUUCAGUUUGAAUGGGUUUGUAAGCAGUCAUUUUACUUUAUAGCCCUACUGGGGCACAGUUUUGUUUAUCAAUAUCAGAUAUCACAAUAACCAACUCCUCAGGUAUUCAGGUGUGUGGGAGCCCUUGCAUCUCCUAUUAAACAGAAACUAGAAAAUGGGGACAGAUAAUUUUUAUAUGCAAUUAACUUCCUGUUUUACCCUACUUACCCCUCUUAACCUGUUGUCCACUAUCCUGCCCUUGAGUUCCGUAGCCACCUUCACACUUCAGCAGUGCUCCUUCGAAGGGUAUGGAUUCUCUGUAUGAGCAAUUGAAAUAACAGAUUGUUAAAGCUCAGUCUUAGCCAUACUCAUGAUUAAUUCAUGACUAGAUGUAACGAUGCUGAGGAUGGGAAGAGAAAUGAACUGUACUACUGUACAAAAAGUACUGUAUGCUUCAUUUCAUUUAAUGCCGGAGAGCUUUGGGAGGUGGAAGGGACCAUGCCUGUUGUUCCAUCCAUAUUUGUAUGUAUGUAGUGGGUGGCUAAAACAGGAAAGGGCAGAGAAACAUUUCUUUGGAUGUGUAACUGCCAGGAUAGUUAUCUACAGUUAUCAAAUAACGACAAGAGAACAUGCUUUUUUAUUAUUAUUCUUAGGUAUUUACCUUUCUUUUCAGUCUGGAAGUUCACCAGAUAUGAAUGCUAAUAUUCAAUUCUCCAGCAUAUUGUAAUGGUAAAAGCUUAAAAGUGUAUUUGUUAAGGAUACAUAACCUGUCUAUGCUAUAUACUCCUUUUGUUACAAUUUUUUUAAGAAAACUAUUUUUGUUAAUGUAAAGUUAGUAUUUCAGAGCAGACUUUUUAAACUUAUUGCACUAAAUAUAAGCUCUGUACAAAUAAAUAAUGCCUCAAUGGUUUGAUCACUCCAUUCAAGAAAAUCUUUUGAAAGAGAAAAGCCCUUCUACAGAAGCCUUUUAAUGGAGUGGGGAGGUAUGUCUAAGUAGAGACAUGCACAGCUCAUGUUAUCAAGGUUUAAUAAGUAAGCAGUUCUCUGUGCUUCCUUCCAGAGGGUCAGGCUUUUAAAUUACUGUCAAAAGUUUUAAGAAAAUAUGUAGUAUCAUGUAGCUAACCAGUGCUCUUACCUUUUGGCAAUAGCGAAAUAUUUCACUUUUGCUUCCAGAAGUAAUUUAAUAAAUCUGUUUAGUUUUCUUUUGGUAAGCCAGUUAAGAGGAUUUACUCUUUUCAUAUCACAGAAUCCAAACUAUAAGAAAGAUAUGAAAAUAAAAAUACAUUUAUAAGUUAUAUCUGCUGGGGAGAAAGGAACACAGAAUUACCUAAUCCUGCAAGCACUUAGACACACGUUUAAGUGAGCCAUGUGGAUAGCUACACUGACGUCAGGAGGGCACUCCGAGUGUGGAAGUUGUAAGUUACACAUCUGUGUAAGUGCUAACUGGACUAGAGCUUCAAGCUAGGGAUUCAAACUGGAGCACUGGUGAGGCCUCCCAGUGCAAGUUAGAGGUCAGACUAUCUAGAAGCAGCAUUGGAGCAGCCUUAAGUGUGUGGAGAGGAGGCAUUCCUGCUGUACCAGUGGCUAAGACAGCAGUGGCACUGAACACCCAUAUUUGUGUAGAUCAGUGGGGUUUAGCAACAGAAAUCUAAAAACUGGCUCAGAUAAAUGCUAGAAACUGGAUUCCAAGGCUGAGACGCUUAUCAUGGACAUAGUUGCUUCCAGAGAAAUUAAAUUCCAUCCUGCCUGGAAGUUACUGGAGGUGCUUUGAUUGAAGCCUUGGAUUCUGCACAUUUUGACAACAAAUUUCUGCCAUGACCAAUUCCACAAGUGUGUGUUCUCUGCUCACUGGAAGUCCUGGGUGGGGGCUUUUCUCUGCAGUUGCAACUAGGACUGCAGUUGCAAACAAAUUUUGUAUUUUUGUAUGGCUUGACUGUGCACCAUUUUUAUAGCAGUUUAUCCUGUUUUAAAAAUAAAUUUGUUUUAUUACAUGGUGUUUGAAAGAUACAUGCCACACUUUUCUAUGGGUAGUUGUAAUGUUUAAGUGACAAAUCUAUAUAAUUAUAAAGUUCUUAAUAAAAUUGUGUGCACCAUU